AUGGCUCCCAUCACAAGAAACGGCAGUUAUCGACCGAAUGGUUAUACAAAUGUCGAUAUGGCGGGCUUCAACCCUCCUCCAUCGACCAUGGCAGCUCAGCUGAUUAAUGACCUCUCCACCACUGGCAACCAGCCCUCGCGACAAGUAGACGCCGGUAGCCUAGAGAUUCUCAUGAGCCAAGUUGCUAAUGCCGAAACGGAAGCAGCUCAACGCCUAGAAGAAGACCCGGAAUUUGUCGAGGAUCUCGAUAAGAAGCUGGAGCGAAAACACAAACUCAUUUACGUCUUCUCACGUGCCCUCUUGGACAGGAUCGCCAGCGACGACCCAUUUAAGAACGUGACCCAGCUAGUAAAGCAGACCGAAGAAGCUUUGGAUCUUUUCCUGGUCACGCUAAGAGAGAGCCCAGAGGUAUUGGACUACACUUUACCUGCAGGCGAGCAAUUUCUAGGCAGAGGGCAAGAACCGUUGUGGAAAUGGUUGUUCCCACGACUCCUGGCAUUGCUUGGUCGGAAAGGUUGUGAGAGAUUGACGAAGAAGAUAAACAAUAUCUUUCUGCUGUCAUAUCGGGAAUCUGCUCGAAUUCCCAGAAUGUGGGGUCUGAGUUCGACCUUGUUCCGAUAUUUGAAAGAGUGUGUCACAACUACUUUGAGCCACCUCGAAUUACCGAGCAUUCUCUCAAAUCACCAAGAUUUAAAUGUUGCUGUUCUCUUCGAUCUUGACGCCUCGCUCUGUUCUGAUGACACUCCCAGUCACUCGCCUGGCUGUUCUUACAUGAUUCGGCACGCCUCUGAAGGCCUUCUCAAUGUUAGCAGCAUCUUGCUAAUCCUGGUCGAGAUAUCCAAGGCAGCAGCUGUAUCCUACGAUGCAACAGCAGCAUUCCGAGACUACCUGGCUUGGUUGUUAGACUCAUUUAUUCGAACACUCGAGGUUCGCAACAGAUGGAAAGCAAAUCCUGCUUUGCUUGGAGCUUGCACGAAGAUGAACGGCGCAUUCAUUAGCUCUCUCGCGGACCUCUUGUCUUCGCUUCGGGACUUUCUGUGGCCUAUCAGCCUGAGAAAAGGGUACAGUGCGCUUUCAAUUAUCUGCGCCGAAUUCCUUUCCGAAAUCGAUGGACUUUCCGAGGAGCUCUGUGUGAGACCAAUUUCUAGUGUCUUAUUAAACAUUGCGGCUAUGUGUAGACGGUAUGACUCUAUAUGUAGAGUGGUAUCCAUUCAUCUUGUUCCGGCGAUGUCAACUGCUUUGGCCAAUGAAGAUACAUCUACAGCAUGUACACUUCUAUGUCAAGCGUGCGGAGCCUUGUCGGUAGACGAAUUCAGAGACCAUCUUGGUCUUGGCUUUGAAAAUCCUGAUCUACUUCUCGAAUUCCGCAGCCUGGGACUUGAGGAUAACAGUACGCGAGGAAACUCGGAAGACCUGGCCAACGAUGGACCACCUACAAAGCGUCGCAGGAUCAACAACGACAUCAAGCUCUUUGACAAAAUUACGGCGGACCUGUACGAGCUGCUCGGAGCUCAGAGAGCAAUAGAUCUCACUGGACUUAAUCAGGUCGCGGGUGAUUGCUUUGAAGCCCUUUUGGAGACGGAUCGAUGCAAAGCUAUUGAAUUACUUGGUCGCAUGCCGUGCGCGAUUUCAGGGACUUUGACUGUUACUCGUGCUGAUGGCAAAACCUUGGAUGCCAAGUGCUCCAUCUGUGAUGGAUUGAAGCUUCCAUUUUCUAUAGAGCCACCCCACGAUGCAGAGAAGUGCGAUAGACUCGCUGAGGAAGCCACCCUGACUUUUACCAAGCUGAUCACGUCUCCUGCAUUCCUGGCAUCUAAGCGUGUUCGCGUUCUUGCCAUGUUUGCUCUACGGAGGUUCGCUUUACACUUCCAGGAUCCAGAAUUCAUUGACCUUGAAGUAUCUCCGCUGGGUCAAUGGUGUUACUCAUCCCUUAAAAGCUCAACAAGAGAGCUAAGAUUGGCAGCUGGUCGAACACUUCCUUUCUUUUUGCGAGGUGCCUCAACGGCGGAGUCCUUGACAAGGAAAAAUCGGACUGCCGUAAUGGCUUUCCUGCGAUCAUUGCCAGAGCAAGAAAACAUUAUCUUUCAAGAGACAGCCGUGCUUGCUUGGGGUCAGAUUGCCAGAAUCGUGAAAGACGACGAGCUCAACAUCGUCCUCCUUGCCUUGAUCGGGUAUCUCGGACAUAGUAACCCUAUCAUCUCAGGGGCGGCUUUCAGUGAGAUCCCUAGAAUCGCAAAAGCAGCCGACCUGACUGUCGAAAAACUUCUAAGCUCUUUCUGGAGCAGCGUCGCUACGGCAGCUGUCACAGAUCUUCUCGUUAAGCCACAAACGGCCCAACUCAUAGCUGACUUGCUUGGCAUAUCAGUCGCUCAGUUUCUGGUGCUUACUCAAUCGUAUACUCUUCCCUUCCUGGUCUUGAACCAAAAAUUCGACGUUAUAAAGAAAAUCAGCGAGGCUCGACUAGACGGUGAUAACUAUGCUGUUUGUUUGGAUCCAUCAAACCUAGCCCCAAUCCUGGCGCUUCUCCUUGUUCAAAAUGUGCCAGAUCUCGACUCUUACAUCAUGGGGUUGCUACGACGCGUUUCGAGCGAGUUCAAAGGCCUCGACUUGGGAGACUUGACUACAGUAGAGCCCAUGUAUCAGGCCUUGUAUUUGCUCAAGGCUGCUGGCCAAGCUGACGAGAGUCAAAAGUCCAGAAUUCGAUUUGCAUUGCAAUUUUUAGCAACUCGGGGAAGCGAGAAUCAAGGCUCGAAGAAAAACAGCGUCACGGGGAUUUUCUUGAAGCAGCAUCUACUGGGAAUUGUCGCUCGCAUUGUCGACGUUAUUAGCGCCGCCAAAGAUGAGCAGAUGAUGACCGAGAAGGAGCGGUCUGUCAAAGCGAUCGAGGAGCUAGUGAAGCUGGCACAAAAACACGCAAGGACUGCACGACCUCAGCUAUGUGCCUGCCUUCAAGUAGCAUUUGAGCAUCCUGAACUGCAAGCCUGCGCUUUUUCGGCCUGGGAAUCAAUGCUUAGGUAUCUAGGAGACGAUGAUGUCGAGACAAUGCUUGAGAGCACAUUUUCGCUCAUUAUCCAGCAUUGGAAGACCUUCAACACGGAAACUCGGGCACGUGCCGAAGCGACGCUACAGUAUCUCAACGAGUCUCGGGGUCGCCUUAUCCGCAAUAUGAUUUUUAACCUUCCGUCACUAUCUGGUAUUAAGGAGCUGGCGGACGUAGAACGCAAAAUCAGCAGGCAGAGAACACCGACGGAUGUCAGCAACGGCUUUUUGAUCUUCAAACGCAGGCUCGGGCAUGAAGAUCCUGGAGUAGUCGCGCAGACACUUGUCGAGCUGAAAGCCUAUCUUCGACUGAAUCAAUCAUUUCUCCAGACUUCAGCAGUCAGUGAGCAACCCGACCUCGUGGUCGGGCAGCUCGUGCGUUCUAUAUUGGACACUUGUGUCAAAUACAAUGAAUGGCAGAAUGACAUUGCUGUACUUUCCGCUGAAUGUCUUGGUCUCAUCGGAUGCCUAGACCCUAACAGGGUUGAAUCGGUGCGAGAACGCCGAGAAAUGGUCGUGGUCAGCAACUUUCGCGAUCAAAAUGAAGCGACAGAUUUCGUCCUUUACAUCUUGCAGGAGGUCAUUGUGCCCGCGUUCCUGUCGGCUAAAGAUCCGUCUCUUCAGGGUUUCUUUUCGUAUGUGAUGCAGGAGCUUCUCGAGAAAUGCAAUUUUAAAGAUGUUGUCGGCGACAUCUUGAGGACUGGGGAAAAAAAGAGCACCGAACCGCUCUACCGAAAAUGGGUGGCUUUGCCGGUACGGAUUCAAGAGAUCCUAACGCCUUUCCUUACCUCAAAGUACAGCCUGGCGCCGAUGGAGAUGCCAAAGUAUGAGUACCCAAUAUUCAGACCCGAUGCAAUGCCUCCUCAGAAGCUUUAUAACGCCUGGCUCCGAGGAUUCACGCUGGAUCUGUUGCAAAAGCCAUUUCAUUUAUGCACUCAACUUAUUUUUCCUCCUCUGUGCCGAGCCAUCAGGAUAAAAGACGUGUCGGUCGCCAGCUUCAUACUUCCCUAUUUGGUUCUUCAUGCGAUUAUUGACGGUACAGACAAGAAUCGAGAAGAUAUUGGGGCGGAGUUGCUCUCCGUACUCGAAUACGAUAUUCCGGCAGAUUCUCCAAUACGAAGAGAAGAUAUGAAGUCGUGCGUUGAGACCGUCUUCCGUAUUCUUGACUAUCUCGCUCGAUGGAUGCAAGAGAAACAGGUUAAGGCAUCCUCUCGCGGCCAAAUUGCACCUGAGGCUGAACACGAAAUUCUGCUGGUCAAGUCGGUCGUCGAAACCAUCCCUCCCGAGCUUAUAUCUCAUCGAGCUAUUCAGUGCGAGUCAUAUUCCAGAGCCUUAUUCUACUGGGAGCAGCAUAUCCGGGAUGUCCGUGGACGAGGACCUAUUAAUCCGGACGUCAACACUGCGCAUUUGCAACGAUUACAAGACAUAUACACGCAGAUAGACGAGCCUGAUGGGAUUGAAGGCAUAUCUGCACACCUGCAUGUCUUGGACAUCGAUCAGCAAAUCCUCGGCCACCGAAAAGCCGGUCGGUGGACAGCAGCUCAGAGUUGGUAUGAGAUUCAGCUGGCAGAAACACCCGAAGAUGUUGACGUUCAAUUGAAUCUUCUGACAUGUUUGAAAGAGUUGGGGCAGCAUGAUGUUCUCCUAAACUACGUGGAAGGGAUGCAUAACGCCUCGCAGACCGUCUCAAAGCUGCUUCCAUUCGCAGCUGAGGCUUCUUGGGCAACGGGAAGGUGGGCUACACUUGCCAAAUACUCGUCUUUAGCACCACCUGGUAUCACUGAGGACUUCAAUGUCAACGUGGGCCGAGCGCUCUUGGCUUUGCAUGCGAAAAACACGGAUCUUUUCAAGUCAAGGGUUGCUGCGCUCCGGGAGAAGAUAGCGCGUUCCGUGUCAAACGCAACCACUUCUUCUCUAGGUACCAGCCAUGAUACAAUCCUCAAAUUCCAUGUGCUUACCGAGCUGGAAAUGAUUGCCGGUGCCGAUAAUAAUGUUGCCGCCCCUGACAUAUUAGAGUCUUUGAAUCGAAGACUCGAGGUCAUUGGAGCUUUUCUCAAUGACAAACAAUACUUACUGGGGAUCAGGAGAGCUGCAAUGCAACUCUCCGGCUUGGAAUUUAGUAAGGGUGAUAUUGCAGCAGCAUGGCUUACCAGUGCUCGACUGGCUCGCAAAGGGAAUGCCAUGCACCAGUCCUUCAAUGCUGUUCUCCACGCAUCCCAGCUUGGUGAUCAAUCAGCUAUGAUUGAGCAUGCAAAACUACUAUGGAAGGAGGGCCAUCAUCGUAAAGCUAUCCAGAAUUUGCAAGGAGCCAUCCAGAAUAACGCGUUCUUUUCCCACAACAAAACAUAUCAAGCUACAAGCUUCACUACCGAUAGUGAUAAGCCAAACCAACAAAAUCUUCUCACUGCGAGAGCACACCUUCUGUACGCAAAAUGGCUGGAUAGUGCAGGACAGACACAAUCGUCCACACUAAGAGUCCAGUAUCAGCUCGCUGCCAAAACCCAUUCGGCAUGGGAGAAGGGUCACUACUAUCUCGGGAGGCACUACAACAAAUUGUUGGAGUCGGAAAAGGCUCUCCCUCCUGAUCGUCAAAACGAUACUCUCCUUACAGGGGAAACAGCGAAACUAGUCAUCGAGAACUACCUACGUGCCCUUACAUACGGAACGAAGUAUCUGUACCAAACCCUUCCGCGAAUUUUGACACUUUGGCUGGAUCUUGGGUCACAGGUUCAGACGCCGGUUAAGCAUGGCACAAAAGAGUAUGCUGCAAAGAUCAACGAGCUACGUAAAGGCCAUCUCGAUGGAAUCCACCUGCGCUUCAACAAGUACAUCACCAGAACACCAGCGUAUAUGUUUUACACGGCGUUACCACAGAUCGUCGCUCGUAUCGCUCAUUCGAACAACGAAGUAUACAAGUACUUGCAAACUAUGAUUCAUAAGGUCGUAUCUACAUACCCGCAACAAGCCCUAUGGACUUUACUCGCAGUCUGUACGUCCACUCAGUCGGAUCGUAGAACUCGCGGAGGGAGUAUCUUACAAAAUUUGAGAUCAGCGAAGAAACCCGAUUCCAACAUAGAUAUCAGGGCACUGAUUAAGAACGGCGAGAAACUCACGGAGCAACUUCUCCUAGCAUGCAACUCCGGGGACUUUCAAGGGAACCGGACUACAACUGCAAGCUUGACGAAAGACCUGGGAUUCAUUUCGAAGCAUUGCUUACCCAGCCCUCUCGCAGUCCCCGUCGAAAGUGUUUUGACAGCCACACUUCCGACUCUCACUGAUAACAUCAAGACGCACAAGGCGUUCUCUCGUGAUAUUGUUACCAUCGAAUCGUUCCUGGAUGAAGUCUUGGUGCUGAGUUCUCUCCAAAAGCCUCGAAAGCUUACCGCCCGUGGCUCGGACGGCAAGACCUACGGAAUUAUGUGCAAGCCAAAGGAUGAUCUUCGAAAAGAUCAACGUCUUAUGGAGUUCAAUAGUAUGAUCAAUCGAUCACUCAAGCGUGACGCUGAAUCGAGUAGGCGUCAGCUCUAUAUCAAGACUUACGCCGUCACCCCGCUCAACGAAGAGUGCGGUCUUAUCGAAUGGGUGGAUGGUCUCAAGACCCUUCGGGACAUCCUUCUUGGACUCUACAGAGCAAUCGGCGUGGCACCCAACUAUAACGAAAUCGCUCUUUAUUGCGAAGAGGCGACCAAAUCCGAAGACAAGCUACCCUUCUUCACGGAAAAGGUGCUGGGUAUAUUCCCGCCCAUGUUCCACCGCUGGUUCGUAGCACAGUUCCCUGAGCCAUCAGCAUGGUUCGCCGCUCGCCUCCGCUACACCCGCUCCUGCGCUGUGAUGUCAAUGGUCGGUACGAUCCUCGGCUUGGGCGAUCGUCACGGUGAAAACAUUCUCUUCGAAGAGGGCAACGGCGGGACCUUCCAUGUCGACUUCAACUGUCUGUUUGACAAAGGCCUCACGUUCGUCAAGCCCGAACGCGUUCCUUUCCGCUUAACGCACAACAUGGUUGAUGCAAUGGGGAUGUAUGGGUACGAAGGCCCGUUCCGCAAGUCCUCGGAACUGACCCUCAAAUUGCUGCGCCAACAUGAGGAGACGCUGAUGACCAUUCUGGAGUCGUUUGUGUAUGAUCCCACCCUGGACUUGUUGACGAGCAACGUGAAGAAGAGAAAGAAGGACGGCGUGCCGCAGACGGCGCAGGGCGUGCUGGAUAGCAUCCAGCGAAAGGUCAAGGGACUGUUGCCGGGGGAGAGCGUACCGUUGGGGGUGGAGGGACAAGUGGACGAGUUGAUCAAGAUGGCGACGAACCAGACCUAUCUGGCGGGUAUGUAUAUUGGCUGGUGCUCGUUCUUCUAA